UUUACCGCUCUUUCCUACGUCUGGGGCGAUGCAAACGAUGAAAUUGCCAUUUCACUUAAUGGACACACUCUUCGACUUCUAAGGGAUGAGAAAAGAAACUUGAAUGUACGGGCCGAUGGCGUACGUAUCAAUCAGCAAGACGAGGCCGAGAAGGGUGGACAGGUUCAGCACAUGGGGACAGUGUAUGAAAUUGCAACUCACACGGUAAUCUUACUCGGC